CUCUCUUCCAGGCAAGAAAAUGCAGCUGCCUUCAACAAAAUUCUCUCUCUCCAAAACUGCAAUUUUUCCUUUUGAGGCUCAGUAGAAGCUAACAGAGGAAAAACCCAUCUCUCUCUCUCUCUCUCUCUCUCCAAAAAAAUGCAAAUUCCAUUCCUUUUGGGGCUCACUAGAAGAUAACAGCGGAAAAAACCCUUCUCUCUCUCUCUCUCUCUCUCUCUCUCUCUCUCUCUCUCUCUCUCUCUCUCCGGAAAACAUGGAAUAGCCUUCAAAAUAUUCCACCUUGGUUGGACUUUUCCUGCUCUCCAACCGGCGCCCCGCCUCUUAUCCUGCGCACCCUCCCCACCUUGCGUGAAGAUUCUGCUUCUGGGUUCCGUUCCAAAUGGCAAAAGCAGAGAAUUCCCCUGAAGAUAUAGAAGCUGGGGGCCACCGUCGCUCUGCUAGCAGCAGCGUCGAUAGCCUCUGCUUCUCAGACGCAGAGGACGAAUCCUGGCAUUCCCCAUUAGAUUCCUGUGGUGGUGGGUCCUUCGAGUGCCACUUAUCGGAUGCAUCUGAUGCUGAGAUUGGGGGGGCCUCUGAGCAGCACCCUCGCCGGAAUUCCUCUGCCUCGGACCACCGUUCAGAUGCCAGUUUGGAGAGUAAGCUGCCGGAGAUUAAGGUGCAUUUGGCGAAAGCAGAGAAGGAUUGCAGGAUUUGUCAACUGAGCUUGGAAAGUGCGAAUCAGGAGUCAGGGAUUCUGAUCGAAUUGGGAUGUUCAUGCAAGAAUGAUUUGGCCACGGCCCACAAGCAAUGUGCCGAGGCGUGGUUCAGGCUAAAGGGAAACAAGACCUGUGAGAUCUGUGGCGCGACUGCACGCAAUGUGGUUGGCGUGACUGAGCCUGAGAUAAUAGAACAAUGGACUGAACCAAGCAACACCGUAACUGCAGCCCCCACGGAGUCAAGAAGCUUCUGGCAUGGGCACCGCUUCCUCAAUUUCCUGCUUGCUUGCAUGGUAUUUGCCUUCGUCAUUUCCUGGCUUUUUCACUUCAAUGUUUCCUCAUGAAUCUCACUCCUGCCCGGUUUUCUUAUGUUUUGAGUCCAACCAAUACCCUACCAUCCGAAGAACAUCAAAACAGAAGAAAAAAGAAAACCAGAGGCGACCAUGAGAAAUGCUUAUCUGAUUAUUAUCAGCUUGGUAAUCCUAUUAUGAGAUUGUAUUGUUCCUGUUCUGGUGUCUGACAGGAUGGGAACUGGUAUUUUCCUGUCCUGCGGAUUUCCAACAUGUUCACCAUCUUUCUUUUGUAUUUUUCUUAGGAGGCUUGUGAGAAGCUGUUUGUGGCAUUGCUUGUACACAUAAUCUGUAUUCUUUAUGUUUCUAUAGCUUUGACGAUCACAUCAUUGUUUGAUAUGGUGGAAUAUACGUUGUCUGUGUUGGGCCCACCCGUGAUGCAUAUAUAGAAUCCAAACCAUUUAUCUAGUGCAUCUUUUCAUGUUCUCCU